CUUUCACUUUCCGGUUUUGAAAAAAAAUCUGCUGCUUCCAAGAUGAUAUUGAGAUUACAUUGAUUAUCAUUAUGCAGAUCCUUUGAAAUGGAUAGUACCUGCCUGAAUCAGGAUGAAACAAAACAACCAGUACGAAAUAUUGAACAAGCCAGUGUGACACCAUUGUUUGCUUCAAAGAAAGAAAACCAUCAAGGACAACAAUUACAAGUGCUUACUAAAGGAAGUGGUUACAAUAGACAUGAACUAGUGUCUUUUGAGACUGAAGAGGACAUAUGGAAAGCUGCUAGUAAAAUGUGUAAGAGAUUGCAGGAUUUGGGGAGAGAAACAGUCAUUAUGUCGGUAAACAAACAAAGGGAGACAACAAGAUGUGAAGCAUCAAUUGGUGGACAGAAUUUCUUGGACAAAAAUCCUAAAUGUUUACAAAAAUUCAAGGAUUUCUGUAUGGCUUCAGACAAUGAAAUAUCACCUAACAAGACUGAUGGACCAGUAAUGUUUAUCAAAACAAAAGAUUGUGAUGGGGAGGAUUCUAAUGUGUCUAAUGGGAGUUCUCACAGAGACAAUCAUUCUGGUAGUACAACUGAAAUAGAUGAGGAACAUAAUGUGGACUUCAAAAGUAAAAAAAAUGAUCUUGUUGAUGGGGUACUGAAUAUAGUGAAAACAAAACUACAGAAAUUUAAUACCAACAAACAGACAAAUAGAAAGAAAUGUUAUGCUUGCGACAUAUGUAACAAAGAAUUUAGUAAGUUAAGUAAUGUGAAGAGACAUAAGAAAGUGCAUGAGUCUUACAGUUGUGUAACAUGUAAUGCUGGCUUCACAGAACUUGACAAAUUACAAAAACACCUUCUAGAACAUAAAGACGAUGAUUCGUCAGAAAUUGGUUCAUCUAAAAAUACCACAGAUGAAAGUCAGAGGCUUAAACAUAAACUAACACAGCAAAAAUCUUAUUCUUGUAGUAUAUGUCGAAAAAAUUUCAAGAAUAGUACAUCAAUAAGAAUCCAUGAGAACCGACACAAAGGGAUAAAACCUUAUAAGUGUAGAGAAUGUGAUAAAUCCUUUAGCUCGUCUGGUAAUCUAAGUGCUCAUAGAAAAAUCCACUCCAAUGACAAAGCUUAUAUGUGUACCGUGUGUGGUAAACAGUACAACCAACACAGUGAAUUUCUUAUUCAUGAACGGAAUCACCGAAAUGAGCGACCUUUCGCUUGUAAGUAUUGUGAUAAAACGUUUAGUCGAUCUGGAUGUUUACAUAAUCAUGAGAGAAUACACACCGGUGUCAAGCCAUAUUUGUGUGGAACUUGUGGUAAAGCAUUCAGUCGAAGUGACCGUUUGCAUAUACACGAACGCUGUCAUAGCGGUGAAAAACCAUUCAUGUGCAAUGUAUGUGGUAAAGUAUACAGUGAUAUGAGUAAUUUAAGGUCACACAAGAAAACACACGAUGGACAACUACACUACUGCAAGUUAUGUGGGAAGGGUUUUGUAUACAAAACUGGUUUGAAUAGACAUGAAAGGGAAAAACAUGAUGUGAAGAUGGAUGAUGAACAGAUCAAUGACGCGGAAGAUUUUGAAACAGAAAUGAUUGAAAGUAUAAAGGAAAUGUAUGAGAAUCAAAAUUUUGAAAAAGGGGACACAAAUGAAAAUGAGAAAGUUGAAGAAUUGAUUAGAGAGGAAAACCUUACUAAAGGGCUGCUAAUGAAAGGAAAUGUAAAAAGUGAUGAAUUAUCGGAAAAAGGAAAUUUGGAAAAAGUGGACACCACCAUUAAAAUAUUUGAGGAAAUUGGUGGAGGAAAAAAUUUUACACAAGUGCCACUAAUUAUUCAUAAUGAACAAAUUAACAUGAUUAAUGAAAAAAGAAAUUCAGAAAAACUGGACAUGAGGACUUUCAAAUGCAAUGACAAAAUAAAUGAAAUUUCAAAACAAGCAAAGUUAGAAAAAAUGAAUAUAAUGAAGAAAAGUGAACAAAUCAAUAAAAUUGCAGAUUCAGCAAAUUUGGAAAAAAAUCGUACUGGGAAAAUAAAUAAACAGAUUAACCAAUUAAAUAAAAGAGCAGCUUUUGAAAAAGAUAAUAUUAUGGAAAGAAAUGAGACCAUGGAGGCUGUUAACGAAGUCAUGAAUUUUGAAAAUCCUGACGAAAGGAGAAAUUUUUAUCAUCAUCUUUAUGGCAGUCUUUUAGCUGGGACAAAUGCUAUGCAUAAUACUUGCACAAUGAAUAGAUAAUACCAUGCUUAAAUAUGUACUCGCAUCCAGAUAUAUGCUCUAAUGUUUGAAUUAUUGAAUGUAUUUAUCUUAAAAGAUUUUUAUUCUAAUAGUGCUUGACAAAUAUAUACUUUAUCAUGUUUAUUAAACAUGUUAAAUAUAAGAAAAAAUAGAAAUAAGGAAGUGUUGUUUAUAUAAAUAUAUAAAUGGGUUUUAGUAAACUUAAGUUCAGUUCAACUAUUUUUAUACUCUUAUUUCAUGUAUUUGGUUAAUGUUUUACUGCCAUUUCACGUAACUAAUAGACCUGCAACGUCAUCACUUGCAGACAUCUAUAUGUAUAUCAUUGACUCCAAGUAAAGUAUAAGGAACAUUGAA